AUGGGCAAUUCUGAUGUGGAUAUCGCAAAUGUUGAGCUAUACAGUUUGCGUCCUUUACUUUUUCACGGAUACAUACUGCCAUUUGUACUUCUGUAUGCCAUUUGGGUUGGAUACUGGACAAGUGUGCUAGGAUUUUAUGAGUAUAUGGAAUUGGGUUUUAUUGUUGUCGCCGCUAUCGGAUUCGUGCAAAUAAUCGUUUGCCUUUGCUGUCACUGGUUUGUUGGAUUUGAAUGCUUGAUGACAUGUCGGAAGCAAACAAGUGUUGCAGCAUCUGAGUAUGUGAAAGUCGUGCCCACUCCCAAUACGGGCUACCCAAUGCUGGUGAAAAUCGAAAAACAAAAGGGUAAACUCGCGGGGGAAACUGUAUAUUCAUUCCAUUUUCAACGGCUAAAAUAUACAUUCAAAACUGAUGAGAAAAGUAGUUUUCACCCUGUUGAAUUUCCAGUUGAUUGGGACAUGCGAAGUUAUCUUAGUUGGAGAGGUUAUGAGACAGUGGAACAACAGCUGAACGCCCAACAGAAAUAUGGGAUAAAUGAAUUGCAUUUAGAUGUGCCGUCCUUCGCGGAGUUAUUUAAGGAGCGUGCAACUGCUCCGUUUUUUGUUUUUCAAGUGUUCUCUGUUGGUCUCUGGUGCCUCGACAAUUAUUGGGUUUAUCCGGUGCUGGUUUUGGGUUUGCUGUGUCUUUUCGAAGCUAGCUUAGUGCAACAGCAGCUGAAAAACAUGUCGGAGAUACGCUCAAUGUCUGAAAAACCGUACAACAUCCAUGUUUAUCGUCAAAAGAAGUGGACUCGUAUACGAACUGAUCAAUUGGUUGCUGGAGAUAUUAUAUCUAUUUCAGAGAGUGAUCAGAAGUAUUGCAUUCCUGCUGAUGUGCUUCUCUUAAGAGGUACAUGCAUUGUAGAUGAAUCUAUGCUUACUGGGGAAUCAGUACCUGUCAGCAAAGAUCCUUGUGAGACUCUGAAAGCCGAUGAGCAUUUCACAUUUGACGAAGGUCAUAAGAAUCAGAUAUUAUUUGGUGGAACUAAGGUGGUACAGUUCACUCCUCCGUCGAAGUCCACAAAUCAUUUAAAAGUGUCAGGUUCUUUUUGCCCUGACAAUGGUUGUAUUUGUUUUGUACUUCGUACGGGUUUGAGUACUUCACAGGGUCGUUUACUAAAAACAAUCAUGUAUAGUGUGAAAGCGGUUACAGCCAAUAAUAUGGAGAGUUUCUUAUUCAUUGGAUUUCUACUUAUUUUCGCUUUGAUCGCUUCAGUCUACGUUUGGGUAGAAGGUACAGCUGAUCCUCGUCGUAACCGAUAUAAACUCUUCUUAGAAUGUACACUUAUUUUAACAUCUGUCAUUCCUCAAGAACUUCCAAUGGAAUUAUCUUUAGCUGUGAAUUCCUCUUUGAUUGCGCUGUGCAAACUUAUGGUCUAUUGCACUGAACCAUUUCGAAUUCCAUUUGCGGGUAAAAUUGAUAUUUGUGCGUUUGAUAAAACUGGUACUCUAACUGAAGAUACUGUUGUCGUUGAAGGUGUAACAGGUUUGAAUGAUCAACCGUCGAAUGCAUUAUUACCAGUGAGAGAUUGUCCACUAUCUACUAUUCAAGUAUUGGCUAGUUGUCAUUCACUAAUCAAUACUACGGGUUCUGGAUUAAUUGGUGAUCCCAUGGAGAAAGCAAUGUUAGCUUCAACUGGUUGGUCGUUAAAUGAUCAAAAUGAAGUGCAUGGACGUACGAUACCACGUACUUCUCCAUUGAAAAUAUGCCAAAGAUUUCGUUUCGAUAGUGCAUUACGCCGAAUGUCAGUUGUUGUAAGCCAUUAUCUACCAGCUUCUGUGGAUCAAAAUUAUUUAGCCUGUGUCAAGGGGUCACCGGAGACAAUUCUUCCAAUGCUUGUUGACGCUCCACCAGAUUAUGAAGAGGCUUAUCUCACUGCGGCUAGACGUGGUGCUCGUGUUUUGGCUUUAGGACAAAAGACGCUAGGACAGUUGAGUCAUGAACAGGUGAGAGAUUUAACCCGUGAAGCAGUUGAAUCAAAUAUGAAUUUUUGUGGUUUUGUCAUUAUCUCUUGUCCAUUGAAACCGGAUUCAAGAAGUGUUGUACAACAAUUGCUCAACUCUAGUCAUCAUGUUACUAUGAUUACUGGUGAUAACCCGUUAACUGCUUGUCAUGUAAGCAGUUUAGUUGGUAUGACACGAUCUGAUAUUCCUGUGCUUGUUUUAACACCACCAAAUCCAUUACAUGAAAAAUGGCAUUGGCAGUCAGUUGAUGAGUCCAUCGUGUUACCUGUUUUCAAUGAAACAAAGCAUACAAACUCUGAACUAAAACAACUUGCAAUAAGCAUGAAUUGUGUUUAA